AAAGAGUGAAAAAUUUAAAGGGGUCUGAAUACUUUCCGUACCCACUGUAUUUCUGCAUACUGUUAGCCAGUGCUCAUUCCUGUUACCCAGUGCUCAUUCCUGUUACUAAAUUGUUUAGUUUUCAUAAAAAAAUAAGAUAAACCACUAUUUAUUCUCUUAUGAUUGGUCAAUCAUUUAUCCCAUUGUUUAAUAAAUUACAUGAUAAAAACAUUGAUAAACCUUAGGUUUCGGUCUCCUUUAAAAUAAAAAAAAAGGUGUUGCAUUUUUUUGAAAAAUACAACUUGCAUGCAUAUAAAUUACAUUUUUUGUCAAAAAUAUUCAUUUUUUGAACAUGUAACCAACAAUUUAUUAUAAAUAAACACUUUCCUUAUGGAAAAACAAAGGAAUUAUUUGACCUGCUUUUAAACAUGGUUUCAAAAUGACACAUAAGUUUUGGUAACAGGACUGAGAAAAAUGCAGCCAUCUUCCGCUUAGAAACCUUGUAAAAGUUUAAAUAAACUUGCCUGAGAGUGACCAUUAAAUAUUUUAGAUUCCGUCUUGAAAAAACGUCAAAUUUGCUCUUCUGUUUAUUUUGGAAUGGUGACAACAGCCAAAUGACACCCAUUCGGUGGAGUGGCCCCGCGAGCUUUUAUUUUGAAAUGUAGAAACUAGCGGAAGGCACGAGACGGGAGGGCUUAUUAUUAUUAUUAUUUUUUACAAGUCUGGUGUAUUUAUUAAUUCAUGUUGUACAAAACUGUUAUUUUAUAUAUUUUGACCUACUCCUAACAUCAUGAUCUACAGUACGUUAUUACAUGUUAACAAUGGGAACUGCAUAAACUGUUUUAUAUAGAGAGUCUGGAUUAUCUGAUAAUAAACAGACUACAAUGAGACUGCAGCCUGGUGGCGCUGAUGUUUCAUUUGGGAUCCCAUUAGAAGUACUCAAUAUGGUCGUGGUGGCUCUUGAAUUGUUGCAUGUUACUCUGCGCAAUCUCACCUCCAUAACAUGGGAGUUUUUCAUAAACACGUGAACCUUAAUGAAGUACUUGGUCCCCGCCUGCGUCGAGUAGCUCUUGGCUGUGAAAACAUCAUAGGUCUUCCCUGCUUUCUGCUCCGCAGAUCUUCUGGAUUUUUUCGUCCGCAUCAGCGGAGAGGUCCCUCCACACAUCAUCGGCAUUGUGACAGGUUUUAGUGGAGAAAAAAUAAGCAGAUCACAAAAGUAAGCGAAUGAGUUUGUAACAGUGAGACGGAUCAGGCUCCAGGCUGUAGCCAUAUCCGGAUGUAUGUGCAGUUCCGGAAAGAAAAACAAACUUCCCCAAUUUUUUUUUUUUUAGCAAAAAAUAAGUCUAAGACAGGUAAAGACAUGUUUAUGUUGACACCCGGUGUUUCCACCUUAUGCGUCUAUAGCAGCUGUAUUUUUUGUUUUACCAUGUGACAGACAAGAUAAGGUAAAUAGUAGAGAAACUGUUGGCUGUGACCGACCAGUGUGAGUCCCCAAGCUGCUUUUGAACCGGAGUCGUCUGUCUCGUCCUCUUCUCCCACAUAAGCUUUGUCAUGAAUCGUUGUGACGACAGAGAGGAGGCCGUCCCCCCCUCUAAAACCGUCCUGUGUGGGGAACAUGGAAGCCAGACUGAAGCUCAGAGCCCAGAACAACUGCAGAGAACAGACUCUCCUACACCCAGCUGUGUGUCCAUGAAGAGUGACCGGUCCAUGACACGUCAUCUUGAAUUUAAAGGACAACAUUCUUCUGAACCAAAAGUUCAAGACCACUCAGAGGUUGCUGGUGUUCCUUCUUCUCAGCAGCAACAAACAGAUGUGGGAUCUAUAUUUAUGCUGCUUGAGGAGAACAUUGUCAGUUUUGUGAGGGAUGAGUUGAAGAGGUUCCAGAGGGUUCUGAGUCUAGAUUACCCCGAAUUCUUAAGGAGGCAGAGGGAGGAUAAGGAGGUACAAAGUGAGGAGGAAGAGCAGAAGAGGAGCAGAGAGGCAUUUCUGAAGAUCACACUACUCUUCUUGAAGAGAAUAAAUCAGGAGGAUUUGGCUGAUUGUCUGCAGAGCAGAACCUUUUUUGGACUGUGCCAACAUAAAGUCAAGUCAAAUCUGCAGAAGAAGUUUCAUUGUGUGUUUGAGGGGAUUGCUAAACCAGGGAAUCCGACUUUCCUAAAUCAGAUCUACACAGAGCUUCAUAUCACAGAGGGAGGGACUACAGAGGUCAAUGAUGAACACGAGGUCAGACAGAUUGAAGCAGCAUACAGGAAGUCAGCCAGACCAGAAACAACAAUCAGGUGUGAAGACAUUUUUAAACCCUCAUCUGAUGAACCAAUCAGAACAGUGAUGACAGAGGGAGUGGCUGGCAUCGGGAAAACAGUGUUGACACAGAAGUUCACUCUGGACUGGGCUGAAGGCAAAGCCAACCAGGACGUACAGUUCACAUUUCCAUUUGCUUUCAGAGAGCUGAAUGUGCUGAAAGAGAAAACGUACAGUCUGGUGGAACUUAUUCAUCACUUCUUCACUGAAACCAAAGAAGCAGGAAUCUGCAGGUUUGAAGAGUUCCAGGUCAUCUUUAUCUUUGACGGUCUGGACGAGUGUCGGCUUCCUCUGGACUUUAACAACAAUGAGAUCCUAACUGAUGUUACAAAGUCCACCUCAGUGGAUGUGCUGCUGACAAACCUCAUCAGGGGAAAACUGCUUCCCUCUGCUCGCCUCUGGAUAACCACACGACCUGCAGCAGCCAAUCAGAUCCCUCCUGAGUGUGUUGGCAGGGUGACAGAGGUCAGAGGGUUCACUGACGCACAGAAGGAGGAAUACUUCAGGAAGAGAUUCAGAAAUAAGAAGCUGGCCAGCAAAAUCAUCUCCCACAUGAAGACAUCACGAAGCCUCCACAUCAUGUGCCACAUCCCAGUCUUCUGCUGGAUCACUGCUACAGUUCUGGAGGAUGUGUUGAAGACCAGAAAGAGAGGAGAUCUGCCCAAGACCCUGACUGAAAUGUACGUCCACUUCCUGGUGGUUCAGUCUAAAUUGAAGAACGUGAAGUAUGAUGGAGGAGCUGAGACAAAUCCACACUGGACUCCAGAGAGCAGGAAGAUGAUUGAGUCUUUGGGACAACUGGCUUUUGAGCAGCUGCAGAAAGGCAACCUGAUCUUCUAUGAAUCGGACCUGACAGAGUGUGGCAUCGAUAUCAGAGAAGCCUCAGUGUACUCAGGAGUGUUCACACAGAUCUUUAAAGAAGAGAGAGGGCUGUACCAGGACAAGGUGUUCUGCUUCAUCCAUCUGAGCAUUCAGGAGUUUCUGGCUGCUCUUCAUGUCCAUAUGACAUUCAUCAACUCUGGUGUCAAUCUUGUAGAACCACAAACAUCCUCCUGGUGGUCAAAACUAUUUACAGACCAAUCUAAACUAAAACACCUCCACCAGUGUGUUGUGAACAAGGCCUUGCAGAGUCCAAAUGGGCACCUGGACAUGUUCUUACGAUUUCUCCUGGGUCUUUCAUUGCAGACAAAUCAGAAUCUUCUACAACAGCUGGUGACAGAGAAAGGAAGUGAGUCCAAGACUAAUCAAGAAACAACGGAGUACAUCAAGAAGAAAAUCAGUGAGGAUCUCCAUCUAGAGAGAAUCUUCAAUCUGUUCCACUGUUUGAAUGAGCUGAAGGAUCAUUCUCUAGUCGAGGAGAUCCAACAGUACUCACUCACUAGAAAGGAUCUUUCUCUGGCACAGUGGUCAGCUCUGGCCUUUAUGUUAGUGUCAUCAGAAAAAGAUCUGAAUGUGUUUGAUCUGAAGAAAUUUUCUGCUUCUGAAGAGGUUUUUCUAAGGAUGCUGCCGGUGGUCAAAGCCUCCAAUAAAGCAAUGCUGAGUGGCUGUCAUCUUUCGGAGAGAAGUUGCGAAGUUCUGGCCUCAGUUCUCAGCUCCCAGUCCUCUUGUCUGAGAGAGCUGGACCUGAGUAACAACAACCUGCAGGACACAGGAGUGAAGCUGCUCUCUGCUGGACUGGGGAGUCCACACUGUAUAUUGGAAACUCUCAGGUUGUCAGGCUGUCUGGGCUCAGAGGAAGGCUGUACUUUUCUGGCCUCGGCUCUUAGAUCCAACCCCUCCCAUUUGAGAGAGCUAGACUUGAGCUACAAUCAUCCAGCUCAUCUUUCGGAGAGAAGCUGUGAAGUUCUGGCCUCAGUUCUCAGCUCCCAUUCCUCUUGUCUGAAAGAGCUGGACCUGAGUAACAACGACCUGCAGGACACAGGAGUGAAGCUGCUCUCUGCUGGACUGGGGAGUCCACACUGUAUACUGGAAACUUUCAGGCUGUCAGGCUGUCUGGUCUCAGAGAAAGGCUGUGCCUUUCUGGCCUCAGCUCUUAGAUCCAACCCCUCCCAUUUGAGAGAGCUUGACCUGAGCUACAAUCAUCCAGGAGACUCAGGAGUGAAGCUGCUGUCUGCUGGACUAGAAGAUCCCCACUGGAGCCUGGACAAACUCAAGGUGGACCAUUGUGGACAGCAGAGAUUAGCACCUGGUUUGAGGAAGUAUGCUUGUGAACUCACUCUGGACUCAAACACAGCACACCAUAAGCUCAGACUGUCUGACAACAACAGAAAGAUGACUGCAGUGAGAGAGAAGCAGCCGUAUCCUCUUACUCCAGAGAGAUUUAACUACUGUCAGGUUCUGUGUAGAAACGGUCUGACCGAUCGCUGUUACUGGGAGGCUGAGUGGAAAGUAGAUGUUCUUAUAGGAGUGGCGUACAAAGGAAUCAUAAGGAGAGGAAAGACUGAUGACUGUUGGUUUGGGAGGAAUGAUCAAUCCUGGAGUCUGCAGUGCUCUGAACAUGGUUACUCUGUCUGGCACAAUAAGAGAGAAACUGACCUUCCUUUCUCUGCCUCUGGAUCUGACAGAGUAGCAGUGUAUGUGGACUGUCCUGCUUGCACUCUGUCCUUCUACAAUGUCUCUCAUGGCAAUCUGACCCUACUCUACACCUUCCACUGCACAUUCACUGAACCUCUCUACCCUGGGUUUGGAUUUGGAUACGAUUCCUCUGCGUCUCUUUGUGAAUUGUAGAAAGGAGAGCCGUUUCAAUACUCACUGCUGACUGACACACACACACAACACUGUGCAGUACCAAACCAUAUCUGAAGGAGACAUCCUGGCGAGGAGUAUUUAUCUUUCUAGCAAACUGGAAAUUCCACAGUGUAAAAAAGCUAAUUUAAAAUCUUAAGUAAAAAUAUAAAAGUAUUAGCAUUAGUGCAUAACUAAAGUACCAAAAAGUAAAAGUACUAAUCAUGCAGAUUGUUAUGUUUCAGAAUAUAUUAUAUAACUGGAUUACAAUUAUGGCUGCAUUAAUGUGUUCAUUGCUUUAAUGGUGCAGUUGGAAAGAUGGAUCUAAUUUUCAUUACUUUAUACACUGCUGGAUAUAUUACUACAUAAUAUAUCAUGAUUUAUUAGUUGACUAAUAUUUUGUAUUAAUAAUCUGAAUCUGCAAAGUAAGAAAUAACUGAAUCUGUCUGAUAAAUGUUGCAGAGUAAAAAGUACAAUAUUUGCUUCCAAUAUGUAGAGGUGGAGAAGCAACAUAACAUGGAAAUACUCAAGUAAAGUUCAAAUAGGUCAAAAUUGUACUUGAGUAUAGUACUAUUAAAUGUACUUUCCACCUCUGGUUUAGCAUUAUAUUUAGUUAAAGUUGUCAACGUUUCCUGAUUCAAUCAAAACUCAGAGAAGAAUAGUUUAAUUUCAGUUAUUGUUUAUUGGUUUAAGCUUUUCUUGAGUUAAAUGUUAGCUUCCUUUAUUCUAACUUAACACACUCACCUUUGUUUUUUUUGCAAUAUGGUGAGAAAUAAAUAUUUAAGACUUGUUUGUAGUGAUACAAAUAACAUUGUCAUUCACCUGUUGGUUGUAGGUGUGACUCUCACACUGAAUGAAUGUCCUGCCUAGGCUUAUUGUUUGGUAGACUGUGGUGGUCUUCUCACAAUAAAGUGUCAACAAUUGAACUUACGUCAAAUCAAAUGUCAUAACACUUUAAAUUGAUAUUACUUUUUCUACUGUCAUAUUGGUUUAGUGUGCGUUUCUGUUGUGAACAAACAUGAUUUAUUCUACAUUUAGGGUACAGAACACAGUUUUAACAAUCACAACAAUAUAAGGACAAAGACUGUAUUUAGAUAAAUGUUUAACCAAACAGAAGUUUGUUUUUCAUCUGUGAUUCUGUUGUUGUUAAAUAAAGAUCAUCAAUAGCUCUUCCUCA